CCAGCCGCGCAGCACUCCAGGGAGCCAGCCGCGCCGCGCGACCCUCCCCAGCGCCAGCCGCCCCGCGAGCGCAGGGUGCCCCGCUCUGUUCCCCCAGACCCGCAGCCCUUCGCGCCAGUCCCUGCACCGUCCCCGUCGCCGGCCCCGCUCCCCAUCAUCCGCCCCGGGCGGCGCGUCCCCGAGGCCGCCAGGCCGUUCCCGUGCUUCAGUCGGUCCAGUCCGUCGGUCGCGUCUGCUCGCGGUGCCAUGCCAUUCCUCGGGCAGGACUGGCGGUCCCCUGGGCAGAGCUGGGUGAAGACGGCCGACGGCUGGAAGCGCUUCCUGGAUGAGAAGAGCGGCAGCUUUGUGAGCGACCUCAGCAGUUACUGCAACAAGGAGGUGUACAAUAAGGAGAAUCUUUUCAACAGCCUGAACUAUGAUGUUGCAGCCAAGAAGAGAAAGAAGGACAUACUGAACAGCAAAACCAAAACUCAGUAUUUCCACCAAGAAAAAUGGAUCUAUGUCCACAAAGGAAGUACUAAAGAGCGCCAUGGAUAUUGCACUUUGGGGGAAGCUUUCAACAGAUUGGACUUUUCAACUGCCAUUCUGGAUUCCAGAAGAUUUAACUACGUAGUGCGGCUGUUGGAACUGAUAGCAAAGUCACAGCUCACGUCCCUGAGUGGCAUCGCCCAAAAGAACUUCAUGAACAUUUUGGAAAAAGUGGUACUGAAAGUCCUUGAAGACCAGCAAAACAUUAGACUAAUAAGGGAACUACUGCAGACCCUCUACACGUCCUUAUGUACACUGGUCCAGAGAGUCGGCAAGUCUGUGCUGGUCGGGAACAUUAACAUGUGGGUGUAUCGGAUGGAGACGAUCCUGCACUGGCAGCAGCAGCUGAACAACAUCCAGAUCACCAGGCCCGCCUUCAAAGGCCUCACCUUCACUGACCUGCCUCUGUGCUUGCAACUGAACAUCAUGCAGCGGCUGAGCGACGGGCGGGACCUGGUCAGCCUGGGCCAGGCAGCCCCCGACCUGCACGUGCUCAGCGAGGACCGGCUGCUGUGGAAGAAGCUCUGCCAGUACCACUUCUCCGAGCGGCAGAUCCGCAAGCGAUUAAUUUUGUCAGACAAAGGGCAGCUGGAUUGGAAGAAGAUGUAUUUUAAACUUAUUCGAUGUUACCCAAGGAAAGAGCAAUAUGGAGAUACCCUUCAGCUUUGCAAACACUGUCACAUUCUUUCCUGGAAGGGCACUGACCACCCGUGCACCGCCAAUAACCCAGAGAGCUGCUCCGUUUCACUUUCACCCCAGGACUUUAUCAACUUGUUCAAGUUCUGAAUCUCAGCACAGGACAACACUGCAGAAGGGUCCCCCUGCUGAUUGGAUAGCUGGGAAUACGGUGUUUGGACGCUCCAUUUGUAAAUAGUGUACAUUUUAAACAUUGGCUCAAAACUUCUGAGAUAAGUCAUGGAGAGGACAUUGGAGGGGAAGGAUGCAGUUGCUGAGUGGGAAUUUAAGACUGUGAACUCUUCAUUAGAAUCGGUAUGGAAAAGCAGAAAUACUGUAAAUAAACUUUUUUUUUUCCUAACCAUUUGCCA